GCUGGGCAAUUUCAGCUUCGGGUAUGCCUUGGUCUACACGUCCCCAGUCAUCCCCGUGCUGGAGCGCUCCUCGGACCCCAGCUUGCAUCUGACCAAAACCCAGGCAUCCUGGUUUGGGAUAUUAAACGCCAGUCUGGACACCACCUCUGUGGACACGUGACCCACCCCCACCCUCGAGCAGGAUUCCCAUGUCAGCACCCCAGCACACAGUUAUCCACACACUGCUUGUACACUCUGCAGACAGGACCCUCCCUCCCAUCACUGGCCCGAGUCCCAGGCUGGCUUCGGAGUCCGUGUUCACCUUGGGAGCAGCGGCCGGCGGCCUCAGCGCCAUGAUCCUCAACGACCUCGUGGGCCGGAAGCUCAGCAUCAUGCUCUCGGCCGUCCCCUCCGUGGCCGGCUACGCACUCAUGGCCGGGGCCCGUGGCCACUGGAUGCUGCUACUGGGGAGAACGCUGACAGGCUUCGCUGGAGGGCUCACAGCUGCCUGCAUCCCGGUAUAUGUGUCUGAGAUUGCUCCCCCGAGUGUCCGAGGGGCCCUGGGGGCCACGCCCCAGCUCAUGGCAGUGUUUGGAUCCUUGUCCCUCUACGCCCUAGCCCUCCUGCUGCCGUGGCGCUGGCUGGCAGUGGCCGGGGAGGGGCCCGUGCUCGUCAUGAUCCUGCUGCUCAGCCUCAUGCCCAACUCGCCCCGCUUCCUGCUCUCACGUGGCCGUGAUGAGGAGGCGCUGCAGGCACUGGCCUGGCUGCGCGGGGCCAACACCGACGUCCACUGGGAGUUCGAGCAGAUCCAGGACAACGUCCGGAGACAGAGCAGCCGAGUGUCGUGGUCAGAGGCCCGGAACCCCCACGUGUACCGCCCCAUCCUCAUCGCAGUGCUGAUGCGCUUCCUACAGCAGCUGACAGGCAUCACCCCCAUCCUCGUCUACCUGCAGCCCAUCUUCAACAGCACCGCCGUCCUGCUGCCCCCCGAGGAUGACGCGGCCAUUGUGGGGGCCGUGAGGCUCUUGUCUGUGCUGAUCGCUGCCCUCACCAUGGACCUCGCUGGCCGCAAGGUGCUCCUCUUUGUCUCAGCAACCAUCAUGUGUGCUGCCAACCUGACACUGGGGCUGUACAUCCACUUCGGUCCGAGGCCUCUGACCCCCAACAGCACUGUGGGCCUUGAGAGUCCAGCCCUGGGGGGCACUGAGCAGCCCCCAGCCUCACCUGCCAGCUACCUCACCUUGGUGCCCCUCCUGGCCACCAUGUUUUUCAUCAUGGGCUACGCCAUGGGCUGGGGCCCCAUCACCUGGCUCCUCAUGUCUGAGAUCUUGCCGCUGCGUGCCCGUGGUGUGGCUUCGGGGCUGUGCGUGCUGGUCAGCUGGCUCACUGCCUUUGCGCUCACCAAGUCCUUCCUGCUGGUGGUGAAUGCCUUCGGCCUCCAGGUGCCUUUCUUCUUCUUCGCGGCCGUCUGCCUGGCGAGCCUACUCUUCACCAGCUGCUGUGUGCCUGAGACCAGGGGCCGGUCACUGGAACAGAUCGAGGCCUUCUUUCGCACCAGGAGGAGGUCCUUUAUGCGCUAGGUCAGGGUCCCUGCCUGGGAAGGGCAAACCACGGAGUUGCCCAGCCUCUGUAUUGGCCACAAACCUCACCCGGGGACCAGGAGGCAGCGGUAGUCCCUGGAAUCGGCCAGAGCACAGGACUGGCCGGAGCACAGCAGGCCCUUAGAGCAUGCUUCCUGGCUCUAGCCGAGUGGCAGCUCCAGCCAGGGCCCCCAGCUCAGGUCCGCAGCAUUACCCAUUGCCCAGAGCUGGCUGGGGAGGAGAGCGUGCCGUCUGCUGCUCAGCGCAAGGCCCUGCUGGGCAGGCUCAGGCCUAGCUCCUUACUUAGGCUUGAAGGGCACUCCACAGAAGCCAGGACGAGGACAGAGAACGGGGCUCUACACAGGCACCUCACCACAGAUCCUGCCCCAACUACUUGGCCACCACCAAGCAUCUUGGUUACAGGGAGGAAGACACAGGUCUUUGGUCACAGGGGUCUCGUGGACACCAAGGGAACAUUCUGGACUUCCAAAGGCCAGGGCGCAGGACCCAGGGCAGCCACUUCUUGCCCCAGCCAGACCUCUGGGAACAGGGGGCUCCCAUCUGCAAACUGUGUUUACCCUAUUUAUUAAAAUAAAGAAAUUGGGCCUACAGCCCUGAGAUGGAGCAGGGUCUGCCCCAGGAAGGGGAGCUCCCUCCCAGCAGCCAGGCUAGGGCACCAGGGCCCUCCUGUGGCACACCCGCCCAGCUGCCAUGAAACCAAGAAGAUGGGAAAGGAGAGGCAGGCAGGUGGGCAUGAGGGAGUGGUCAGGCCCUGCUGGGCGCCAAUGCCCUGGCUGUGGGACCUGGGACAGAGCACUCCCCUCGAGUGGGUGCUGGGAGCAGGUGCAGGCCGGCAGCACCUGCUCAGCCGGCACAGGUUGGGGGCACCUCUGCUCACACUUACAGGCGCCAGAGGUGAAAGCAGAGCCAGCAAACGAGCCAGUGUACAAACUACAGCCUUACUUUAUUGCUCAGAAGGCAAACUAAACAUGACGGGCCACAGGACGAAGGCAGCCCGAGUCGGAAAGCACAGGCAGGAGAGAGACUGGCGGCCAGCCGGCCCAGACUCCUCAGCAGCUUGGAGCUGUUCCGUGCAAGGCAGGGCCCCCCG